ACAACGACGGAAGGAGGACGGCUGGGGAGUCGCAGCCCGGGAUUGUAAAUAAGACCGCUGAAACUGUGUUUUAUUUACAAAAGUAAUGCCGGCUGUUUUAAAUUAUCGUUCCCAGUUGUUUUAAGUCGUUUUUCGUAAUUUUUGGCUCUGUCUCUCUCGCCUAUUUCCGUGUGGUUUUUACACUACGCGUAUAAUGGCGAGCUCGGCUAACUCGAACCCAGUGCCUAAACUAUACAAGUCUGUGAUUGAAGAUGUGAUCAAUGAGGUACGAGAGCUGUUUCUGGAUGAAGGAGUGGACGAGCAAGUUCUUCUGGAGCUGAAAACGCUAUGGGAGAACAAACUGUUGCAGUCCAAGGCAGUGGAGGGCUUCCAUACUGAGGAGCAGGCAGCCCUGCAGGCCGCCCAUCAGCAGCAGCAGGUUCAGCAGGUCCAGCAGGUGCAACAGGUCCAGCAGGUGACCCAACCCGCACAGGCCCAGCAAGUCAUCCUGCCUCCCCAGCAACAGCAAGGUGGGUCAGCGCUGGCACAUAGAGCUCCCCAGCAGCAAGUCAUUGUUCAGGAUUCUAAGAUUCUUCAGCACAUGAGUGCAACGGGGAUGAGUGCAGCAGCUACUGCAGCAACCCUUGCUUUGCCCACAGGGGUCACCCCAUACCAACAGCUCAUCACCAGCCAAGGUCAGAUACUGCAGGUGGUCCGUGCUGCCAAUGGGGCUCAGUACAUCAUCCAACAGCCCCAGCAGCAGAUCCUCCUGCAGCAGCAGAUGCAGCCUGGUGGCGUGCAGGCACCGGUCAUACAACAGGUUCUGGCUCCUCUACAGGGAGGCUUGCCCCAGCAAACAGGAGUCAUCAUACAGCCACAGCAAAUCGUCUUAGCUCCAGGAAACAAAGUCCAAGGCAAUACACAGGUGAUGCAGGCAGCAGCGAUGGCGCCACAGCCUGGUCAAGCAGCAACAGCAGCUCAGGUGCCACAGGUUCAACAGGCCCAGGGAGCAGCUGCUCCACAGGCCCCACAACAAGCCCAGCAGCAGGCUCAGCCCCAGGCCCAGCCACAGCAGCCUCCCAUGAUGCUGCAGGUGGACGGAGCCGGUGACACCUCCUCAGAAGAAGACGAAGAUGAGGAGGAGGAAUAUGAUGAAGAUGACGAGGAGGAGAAAGACAAGGAUGGUGGAGAGGAUGGGCAGGUUGAAGAGGAGCCACUGAACAGCGGAGAUGACGUCAGCGAUGAAGAGGACCAGGAGCUGUUUGAUACAGAGAAUGUAGUGGUGUGCCAGUAUGACAAGAUUCACAGAAGUAAGAACAAAUGGAAAUUCCACCUGAAGGACGGGAUCAUGAAUCUGAACGGGAGAGACUAUGUCUUCUCCAAAGCCAUCGGGGAUGCCGAGUGGUGAAGUAGAAGCAACAGGAGCAGGAACUCUGUAACUCCUAUCCAGUUAACAGAAACUUCAGCGUCCUUCCAUAUCCUGUGACUGGAUUCAUUCAGGAAACUACUUCUGAGUCUCUGAGAACUCUGACAAACCCAAAGGACUGUGAGGUACUGUAAAAACCCUGAGUGUCGGCAGAAACACUCGACUAGCCUUGCGGGAUGAGAAACCUACAGGGGAAGGGAAAGCCCAUGAACAGAGCAUUGUUCCUCUUUGUUGUUUUUUUUUCUUCUUCCAGGCUUCUCUGCCUUUUUUUCCUGAGAGAAUUCACAUACUUUGGAAAGUAGGCAUUUCACAUCGUGCAGAUGUAGUGGACCAGGGUGACCUGACCUGACCUUCCCCGCCGCAGGAGCUCAGAGGUCAUUCAUGAUAACCCCGUAGAUGAUAAACACCUUUAAAAUGCACUGUAGUCGGUUGACUGGAUUGACUCGUGUCUACAUUUAAGUCCAAACUUAGUGCCACCAGUCAAGAUCGCUGCCUUUAGAGUGACCAGAAUCACCUUUUUGCUUCUAAUUUCUGUUCUCAAAUCAUAAUUGUCUCACUUCAUGAUUAUAAAAAUGGUGCUCCAGAGUGUUUUAUGUAGUUAACCUAUGAUUGUUUUAAACAUUUUUUUUUAAAAUAUGUUUAAUGAAGGCUUGAGAAAAAGAAGGUAAAAUUACAUUAAUCCUAAUUUAAUAGUAACAUAAAAGCGUUUUUUUAAUCGUCUAAGCAGCGCCGAAUCCCAAAAAAAACCACUUUUUUUUUCCUCAUUGGCUUCUCUGGAGCUUCAUUCCAUCUUUAUCUUAAAAUUCUAUAAAAAAGACACUGAAUUCAUUUAAGAAUUGUACAAAAUGUCUUGUUGGUAUAUCUCCUUUACUCUUUAUUUUAGUUCUCUGCAGCCGUCACAAAUUUUGCACUGUCGGUUUAUCAAUGUGUUGUGAAGUCAGUCAGUCCAGUUAAUCAAUAGCCACAGCAUUCUCUGUUCUGCCUCUGUGUGUGUGUUUGACAAUGACUGACUGUACAGGCACGAGUGUGUGUGUGUGUGUGUGUGUCUGUGUGUCUGUGUGUCUGUGUGUGUGUUUGCCAUCACUGCUUUUUUCCCCCACACAGAAAUGUAUGAGUUAAUUUCUCUUGCACACCCCAUUAUCUCAAAAUGUUACAGUUAGAACAGAACAGUGAGGGCGGUGUCUUUUUUUUUCUUUCUUCUAUUUAUUCCUGAAAAUGUUCUAUUUUUUGAAAAGGUUGGAAAGCCGCACCAAACUGUGCUCUUAUAAUCUAAUAAGUGUUCCUUUUUUCUUUCUUUUCUUUUCUUCUGUUGGCUGGACAAAAAAAUGCUACAUAAAUAACGCUGUGUUCCAAAUCAUUUCAUCCACCGUGCAUUCUCCUGUGCUUUCAUUUUAUUCAUGAAUUUUAAAAAUGAGAAUAUUUUCUAUCCAAGUGAGUUUAACUCGAUAAAAGGGGCCUGUGUGUUUCUCUGCUGUUUGUUUUUAGUGCCCCUUGUUGCAGCAGUUUGAAAUAAAGUCAUACGUGUUUUUUGACUGUCGUGUCGGUUGGCUCUGUAGAGUAGUUUGUUUUUUAAAGAAACCACAUUAACACAGAGGAAGCGAUGGUGCGGGACUGGAUAUAGAAACAAGAAGUGACAGAUAAUUUUCUUUUUCUUUACAUUUUCGCCCACAUGAUCAAGUGAAGUGUCCAUAAAUGAGGCUGUUGCUUUUACACAGUUGAUAGCGCCAAGUGAAGGGUUUUCCAAAACAUUUCAAGUAGAGCGUCGCUUUAAGAACAAAAUACAGCAACCUUUAUCUUUCAGGACACAGCAUUCAGUAGCUCUCAGUCACUAAAAAUCCAACAUGCCCUUGUAUUUCUUUCUUUGUUUCCAUAUCUCUGGAUGUCGCGUGUGCCUUUUUGAACUUUGGUUCUUUUUUUUCGGUCUUCACAAAUGAUGGAAUGAAGUCUAUUAAAAUGUAUUUUCUGCUUUCUA